AUGGAAACGCAACAAAAGCCAGUAUCUAAGAUAAUUCCUCUGGCUUUACCUAAAGGAACUGAAAGGUUUUGUGAACUUUGUCAAAAAAGAGCUUACCUGGAGUGCACCGGCUGUCACGUCACAUUUUAUUGCGAUGAAGACCACCAGCAGGCUGACUGGGUGGGGAUCCAUGAGAGGAUCUGUCAGCUGCUCAUUCCCAUUCGCACCCAAACACUCAGUCAAACUGGCCGUUCUGAAAUCCUGUAUAAAAAGACGGAGCUGAUCACCAUUUGCAAAUCAGAGGCCGAGAGGAAAAUAGCAGAGGGGAAACAUCAGGAGGCUCUACCUGCCGCCCAGUUUUUCCUUCGCUGCUCCACUGACGUCAACGGCCCCAGCGCAGUUCAACUGGUCCCUGCGUACCUACUGCUGGCUGAGGCCAACACUGGUUUGGGAGAUCUAGUUUCAGCGAUGGAGUUUCUAUCCCAGGCUGAGUGGGUGGUGUUGAAGAGCCCAGACUGCGGUCAUGAGAUCCUCCACCGGCUGCACAGGAGCCAGGGCCGCCUCCACACUGCGUUAGGAUACCUGGAGUCAGCGCGGAAACACUUUGCAAAUGAUAUUUACCACGCCUCUGAGGAAUACGGAGCAGACAGCAUCAUCAGCUGUGAGGGUUAUUUUCUUUUGGCAAGUGUGUUUGUGAAAGAGGGGAAGAUGCCCGUUGUUCGUUCAUUGUACUCGCAGAUUGCACAGACCUGGCAUUCUCAUCUGACAAAACUCUUGAAGUCCCACGUGGAAAAUGUGCAGAAUCCUGACGCCAUGCUGUGGGAGGCCUCACUCAGUAAAACCCAGCAGGUGGAGGUGGACAAGACGUUGACCGCUAUCUUAGAGUUCGUACAGUGUGACGUCAUAGCGGACCUGGCCCAGGUCGUGCUGGUGGCCCACAGUCUGUCUAUGCUCUGGUUCUUGAGAGGAGACUCUGUGAAGACGCUGGAAUUUGGCAACACAGCCCUGCAGGCCAGCCAGCUGAUACCAAACCUGGACCUGACGGGGCCCAUUCAGGGCCUGCUGCAGCUGGUCCAGGCAGACCCCGACCCUGGUCCGGACUAGUCCUCGU